AUGAAGUUCUCCCACUCGCUCCAGUUCAACGCCGUCCCGGAAUGGCUGAACAAGUACAUCGCCUACCUGACGCUCAAAAAGCUCAUAUACCGGCUCCAGCUGGAGCUGUUGCGCACGGGCGACCAGGAACGGCUCCUCUCGCUGCACCAAGGUGACCCCUCGGCGGUGUUCAUAGCGGCGCUUGAUGCUGAGUGUUCCAAGAUCAAUACCUUCUACAAAAAGCAAGAAGAAAUUGCCCAUCUUCAAGUGGACGAGUUGGAGGCUGAUGUCCAGGAAUACGAGCGCGAGGUGGCCUCUUCCGCCGCCGGCAACCGCAAAAACUCAUUAUUCCAAUAUGUGACCCAUCUGAGCGCUACUGACGGUGGUGAUACCGAUAAUAUUACUGAUUACCCUGAGGAUGAGCCUGGUUCCGCUUCCGACGCUGCUCUCCGACGUGCUCUGAUGGGAUCCCAGCUUCUGGAGGACGGCCAGCGUGCUGCCAAUACGCUGACGCUGUUACCCCACAUUGCCCACUUAGCUGAGACCCGAGUGAUUUUGCGUAAACGUAUCAUCGGCAUGUUCACCACUCUCCUGGAGCUUAAGCUGUAUAUUGAGCUUAACGAGACCGGGUUCAAAAAAGCGUUGAAAAAAUUCGACAAGUCGCUCAAUACUCUGAUCAAAGACGAGUACCUUAGCAGCCUUGGCGACCGCACCUACGUGUUCAAUCCUACCACCAUCGCUCAGCUCAACGAGAAAAUUGAUGAAGUGGUGGGGAUGUACGCCGACAUCUGUGCUCAACCCAAGGACCAGGCCCGCCUGGAGCUCUCGGUGCACUUGCGAGAGCACGUGGUGUGGGAACGUAAUACCGUGUGGAGAGACAUGAUUGGCAUUGAAAGAAAGGCCGAAGCCGCGGGGAAACCAGCGGAAAAGGAGCUGAGCCUGUCGCUCCAGUUGGGGCUGCGCAUCAUCAAGGUGUCGGUCAUUGCUGCCAUCACCGCGAUACUCCUAGUAUGGUCACCGUUUAAGGAUACCGCCCAAGCCCACUGCUUUGCCCUUUUGGUGUGUGCUUCGCUCCUUUGGGCUACGGAAGCAAUUCCGUUAUUCUGCACUUCACUUCUUGUGCCCAUGCUCAUCGUCAAUUUAAAGGUACUCAAAAACGAUGACGGGCUGCUCAUGGACGGACCCGAAGCGUCAAAGUUCAUCUUGGGCCUGCAGUGGAACUCAGUGAUCCUCUUGCUUCUUGGUGGGUUCACUUUGGCAGCGGCGCUUUCCAAGUACCACAUCGCCAAGCUCCUCUCAACUUGGAUCUUAUCGAAAGCAGGUACGAGACCGCCCGCCGUGUUGUUGACGGUAAUGUCAGUAGCAUUAUUUGCCCUGAUGUGGGUGCUGAAUGUCGCUGCCCCCGUACUUUGCUUCUCACUUAUCCAGCCGCUUCUCCGCACUUUACCUAAAGAGUCUCAGUUUAUUAAGGCUCUUAUUUUGGGUAUUGCACUUGCCCUGAACGUCGGUGGGAUGGCGUCUCCAAUCGCUUCCCCGCAAAAUAUCGUCGCUAUCGGUGCCAUGGACCCUCCUCCGCUGUGGGGCCAGUGGUUCGUGGUGGCACUUCCGGUGUGUCUUUUGCUGGUGGUGCUUAUUUGGUUCCUCCUCCUCGUCACGUUUGACUGCCGCAGUCGCAACACUCGUAUUGUCCCCAUUAGAGUCAUAGACGAGAAGUUUACUGGUACUCAGUGGUUCAUUACGUUUAUCACUAUCGGCACCAUCGCUCUUUGGUGUGUAGCGUCAAAGCUUACCGGGGUAUUCGGGGAGAUGGGGAUCAUCUCCUUAAUUCCGAUGAUCCUACUCUUUGGUCUGGGAUUGUUGACCACCGAAGACUUCAACAACUACCCCUGGAACAUUGUGGUGCUUGCUAUGGGUGGUACCGCUCUCGGUAAAGCGGUAGCGUCGCUGGGAUUGUUAGCCACCAUCGCUGAAGGUAUUCAACGCCAAGUGGAAGGGUUCAGCUUAUUUGCCGUCACCCUCACCUUUGGUCUCUUGAUCUUGAUCAUGGCCACAUUUGUGUCUCACACCGUCGCUGCCCUUAUCGUCAUUCCUUUGGUCAGCGAGAUCGGUAACGAAUUGCCCGAACCUCACCCGAGAUUGUUGAUCAUGGCUGCGGCGUUGUUGUGUUCGGCCGCUAUGGGUUUACCCACUUCAGGGUUCCCCAACGUCACCGCCAUCUGCAUGACCGACGAGUUCGGCAAGCCUUAUUUGACGGUGGGGACGUUCAUCACGAGAGGGGUGCCUCUGUCUCUUAUCGCUUACGGUAUCAUCGUCACCGUCGGCUACGCCACGAUGAAGUUGAUCCACUUUUAG